UGCUUCUGAGUUGUGUGCAGGACAUGGUUUGUGUAGUUCUAGGCACAAUCAACCAUGUUGUUGGUGGCAAUGACUGGUGGUAUGCCGCAUGUGUCUGCAACAAGGGAGUUAUUGCAGAUUCGAAAAGAUUUUUUUGCCCUAAAUGUAACAAGCAUAUUUGGACUAUUGUGCCAAGGUAUCGUAUCAGACUGAGAGUUAUUGAUGAAACUGAUUCUGCAACUUUUGUGCUUUUUGACCGUGACUGUUAUUCGCUGACAAGGAAAACAUGUCUUGAUUUGAUCGAAGAGAUGGAUAAUGAACUUGAGCCAACUAUUGUGCCUAGAAUUAUUUCUGGUUUUGUUGAACAAACUAUGUUGUUUAAGAUUGAGGUCAAGAAUGAUGACAAUUCUGGUUUUGAAAAGUCGUUCCGUGUCAAAAAAGUUUGUGCUGAUAAAGAAAUUGUCAACAAAUUCAAAUCUGUUAUGAAGAAUUCAACUGGUAUUGAAGAUGAUUCGGCUGUCGGUGUUGAUCAAAGAUCUAUGGAUGUUGGGGUUGUUCAGGAUUUGAAUUCCAAGUUUCAAAACGCCAUUGCUGAUGAUAUGUGUGAAGACACUUCUUCAGUUUCCAAGCCUAUUGGAUGUGAUGCUGCAGAAUGCUCUCCUGUUAAAAGGGAUUUUGUUGAAGUUGCUAAUGAGGAUGAUGGGAGCAGUACGAGAAUUACCAAAAAUAUAAAGAUUGAGAAGGACUGAUUGACAUGCUUCGUCUAAUUUACGUUAAAUUUUUCCUUAGUUAUUUAUUAAAACUUAUGGCACUUUUCAUGGCCUAAACUAAUUCUACUUUGGAUAUUGGGGGCAUGUGUUUAGCCCGAUUAUUAUUACUUUGUUUUGGGGGCAUGUGUUUAGCCCGAUUAUUAUUACUUUGUUUUAGGGGCAUGUGUUUAGCUCGACUGGUUUAUGUUUAAUUUUCUGCGAGGACAUGUUUACAUUAAUUCUGCCA